AUGCAGUCAUACACGCAGAACUGGACUCAGGUGACAGAGUUUGUCAUGGUGGGCUUUGCUGGAGUGCAUGAAUCACGUCUCCUCUUCUUUACUCUCUUCCUUGCCAUGUACUUGUUUACCUUGAUGGAGAACUUGGCCAUCAUCUUGGUGGUGGGCUUGGACCACCGCUUACAGAGGCCCAUGUAUUUCUUCCUCACACACUUGUCCUGCCUUGAAAUAUGGUACACUUCAGUCACUGUGCCCAAGAUGUUGGCUGGUUUUAUCGGGACGGAUGGGGGCAAGAAUAUCUCCUAUGCCGGUUGUCUAUCCCAGCUCUUCAUCUUCACCUUCCUUGGAGCAACUGAGUGUUUUCUCCUUGCUGCCAUGGCCUAUGACCGCUAUGUGGCCAUUUGUAUGCCUCUUCGAUAUGGGGCUUUGGUGUCCUGGGGUACCUGCAUUCGUCUGGCAGCUGCAUGUUGGUUGGUGGGCUUCCUCACGCCAAUUUUGCCCAUCUACCUCAUGUCCCAGCUGACAUUUUGUGGCCCCAAUGUUGUCGAUCACUUCUUCUGUGAUGCUUCACCCCUGCUUGCCUUGUCCUGCUCAGAUGUCACCUUGAAGGAGACCGCGGACUUCCUGGUCUCUCUGACUGUGCUCCUGGUUUCCUCAGCUGUAAUUGCUGUGUCUUAUGGCAACAUUGUCUGGACACUGCUGCAUAUCCGCUCAGCUGCUGAGCGCCGGAAGGCCUUCUCUACCUGUGUGGCUCAUUUGACUGUGGUGAGCCUCUUCUAUGGAACCCUCUUCUUUAUGUAUGUCCGGACCAAAGUCACCUCUUCCAUCAACUUCAACAAAGUGGUGUCUGUCUUCUACUCCAUUGUGACACCAAUGCUCAACCCCCUUAUCUACAGUCUUCGGAACAAGGAGGUAAAGGGAGCUCUGGGUCGAGCAUUUUCCCUCAAGUUGUGGAAAGGUCAGUAA